AUGGGUUACGCUAGUGGUACGGGUGGACAUUUUGGGGAGUACAGAGUGCCAGAGAAAAAAGCUACGAGAAUGAAUGACUCAGCUGAUGCAGCAUCGAGCAAUGUAGAAUCGAGUCACAAGAACCAAGAUGUAAGUGACGAAAAGAAUCUCGUCGUUUCAUUCAUUCAAUUCUUACGUCAACGUAUUUCACGUGAACAAUGUACAACUGAUCAGGUCGAAGGGAUUGAAGUGGCUGUUCAAUGCCUUGAAACAGCAUUUGAGAUCACUGAUUCCAGUUACUUGUUCCAACCAUCGAAACCUCUUUUGGAUAUCUUCGUUGCAGCUGAGGGUCUUCCUGCCGGAGUUGGUGAUUUCCCGAAACCAACUGCGGAAGAAAUCAAAAUUGCGAAUAAUUUAAAAGAAGAAGGGAAUACUUUGAUGAAAUCUUCGCAGUUUGAAGAUGCUCUUUUAAAAUACAAUGAAGCUAUCAAACUGAAUAAAGAUCCGGCUUACUUCUGCAAUCGAGCAGCAGCUUACUGUCGGCUAGAACAAUAUGAUCUGGCGAUACAAGACUGUCGUGCUGCACUGGCCUUGGAUCCAAAAUAUAGCAAAGCUUACGGACGAAUGGGGUUGGCACUCUCCUGCCAGAAUCGUUAUGAGCAAGCUGUAGAAGCAUAUAAAAAAGCAUUAGAAUUGGAUCCAGAGCAAGAAAGCUACAAAAACAAUCUGAAAAUUGCGGAAGAUAAACUGAAAGAGCUGGAAGAAUCAUUCAGGCAGGGACAAGGUCCUGGGUUGUUUGGUUCUCAGAUGCCUGACAUGACUGCACUGCUGAAUAAUCCAGCAAUGAUGAACAUGGCCAGACAGCUGAUGUCUGACCCGAACAUCCAGAAUAUGAUGUCGCAAAUGAUGACUGGUAUUCUGGGAAAUGGAUCAAAUGCUGGAGUUUCUAAUCUUAUUGAAGCCGGCCAGCAGUUAGCCCAGCAGAUGCAGAGUGCUAAUCCAGAUUUGGUUGAACAGUUAAGGCAACAGUUUCAGGGCCAAGGAGGUCCUAGCAAUGAAAGCGAUAGGAAUGGACCGCAUGAAAAUGGUACGCAGCCUCCGCAGUAAUUUGUUGAGGUAAUUUUAUUUCGCAGGAUUGUCUGUUUCUUCGAUAUUUAUGUUCGCCGAUCAUAUGUUAUGAUUGUGGGUUAUCAAUAGCUUUUUUACAACUCUUACACCUCUAUAUGGUGAGCCGUGUGGCCAUUGUUGGAAACUGCCAGAAGUUAACAUGAAGUUUUGUUCCAAAAUGAGACAAAUACAUUUUCUCUCUCCGAUACUAGCUAUACAUUUUUCUUAAUUUUAAGUCGGCGGUUUCCUAUUUAAUGGGUUUUGAAUUUUUUCGGAC